UACCUUAAAAGAUAAAGAUCCCGCCAUGUUUGUUCGCCAUUUGGGCCAUUAUUCCUCAGCAAAUCAAAACGUCGUUUGCGUUUGCACAGUGUGUCAUAUCCUAACAGCGUUGGCAGCUUAAAUGUGAUUCGCCCAACGGUUAAACAGUCCAAAUAUUUUCUAUCUCCAAGGAAACCUGCGGCGCAACACAGUUUUGUUCGCCCGGCUGGUUGCCAACCAGUACAGAAGGCGAGGUGUAGUGGGUCAACUGCAUAGCAAGGUGCUGCUUCUACCUUUGCCACAAAAACUGUCUUAUUCUACCUCAGACGCGGGCUGACUUUGUAGUAAAACGUCAAGGCAUCACCAUGGACCCGGGACACGUGAAGCUGAUAGACUCUAACAUGGCGACGCUCGUCCGGGAACUAGAGCUGACGUCCAACUUCUACAGAGUACUGCAAGACAAGAAUGUCUUCACGGACGAACAUGUCAAGAAAAUCAAGGGAGAGUCCACGUCCGUUCAACGGAAGACCAAGCUGAUCAAGUUGCUGAAGAGUCGCGGACCGCACGUUUUCCACCUGUUCUGCGACUGUCUGAUGGAGACCGGGCAGACCAUGUUAGAGCGCACGCUCAGAAACAACGUAGACGCAUUGACAGAUGGCCCGGAGGAAACAAAAGAAGAAGAUCUCCUCCAUGCUAGGGCAAGGCAACUGGACCAACACAUCGAGAGAAAUCUGAGAGAGGAAAACGCCAUUCUUGUGCAGAAGGUCAGGGAGAUGGAGACAGAACUCCGGGAACGAGUUCGGGCUCACGAGAACGAGCUUUUCUACGUGAGAAGGGAACGAGACGAGGCUAUAUCAGACAGGAAUAGAGCAGCUCAAGACGUGGAGUCCCUGUUGACAGAGAGGGAGAAACUGUUGGAAGAGAACGAACUUUUGAGGGCACAGAAAGAUGUAGUCGUGACAGCGUUGGGGAUCACAGAAGCCACUGCCGCUCUGGAGAAGGUUGAGAAUAGCAUCAAGGAAAAAAGCCGCGAAGCAGCUUCAAAGAAGAGACCGAAAAUGACUAUUAUCAAAUUCGACAACUUUUGAAGUAACGAAAAUAAUAAUGUCCAUACCAGCAGCAUUAUAGUAGCUAAGGUCUACAGUUAUAGUUGCCACAGUAGAAUGUGGCUUUAACACGAUUGUCACAUAUUCCGCAUCAAGUAUAUGAAAAAAAUUAUGUAUCAAAAGCCACUAUUAUACUUUAUGAUAUAAAAUUAUAUAGCGUAACAUUUGUUAUGAAUAUCAUAAUGACGAGGAUAUAUCUUAGGGA